AUGGAAGAAGAAACACAUGAGAUCAGAGCCCCUCUAAUAAGCACGGAUGAGAAAGUUAAGGAUCCUAACGACAUACCAUCAUCUUCCUCAUCAUCAGAGAUCAACAAACUACAAGAAACAGAAGAGAACUCACCAGUCAAACAAGUAGCCUUAACAGUGCCAACAACAGAUGACCCUUCUCUACCGGUUCUCACAUUUAGAAUGUGGGUCUUGGGCACCAUUUCUUGUGUCCUUUUAUCAUUUCUCAAUCAGUUCUUUUGGUACCGCACAGAACCUUUAUCAAUCACAGCUAUCUCUGCCCAGAUUGCUGUAGUGCCUCUUGGCCAAUUAAUGGCUGCCAAGAUUACAGAUAGAGUUUUCUUAAAAGGCACUCGGUGGGAAUUCACAUUGAAUCCUGGACCCUUUAACGUCAAAGAACAUGUUCUUAUCACCAUCUUUGCUAACUCUGGAGCUGGCAGCGUUUAUGCCAUUCAUAUUGUUACUGUUGUUAAGAUGUUUUAUAAGAAGCAUAUUACGUUCUUUGUUUCUUUGAUUGUUAUUAUCACAACCCAGGUUUUGGGGUUUGGAUGGGCCGGCAUAUUUAGGAAGUACCUGGUGGAGCCUGCAGCUAUGUGGUGGCCAGCAAAUCUUGUUCAAGUUUCAUUGUUCAGGGCUCUGCAUGAGAAGGAAGAGAGGGCCAAAGGAGGAGUGACCCGUAUACAGUUCUUUGUAAUAGCCUUCAUAUGCAGCUUUGCUUACUAUGUUUUCCCAGGCUACCUCUUCCAAAUGUUGACUUCCCUCUCCUGGGUUUGCUGGAUAUUCCCAAAAUCUGUCUUGACCCAACAACUGGGUUCAGGCCUUUAUGGGCUUGGAAUUGGUGCUAUUGGGAUUGACUGGUCAACUAUCUCCUCUUAUCUUGGAAGCCCACUUGCUAGCCCUUGGUUUGCUACGGCUAAUGUGGCUGCUGGAUUCAUUUUUGUCAUGUACAUUUUGACCCCAUUAUGUUACUGGUUUAAUGUCUACAAGGCCAAAACUUUCCCUAUAUUCUCAGAUGACCUCUUUACAUCAAGCGGCCAGGAGUAUAACAUUUCUGCUAUAGUUGAUUCCAAUUUUCAUCUUGAUCUUGCUGCUUAUGAGAAGCAAGGACCCCUUUAUCUCAGUACCUUUUUUGCAAUGACUUAUGGAGUUGGUUUUGCUGCACUUACUGCCACAAUUGUUCAUGUUGCCCUGUUUCAUGGAAGGGAGAUAUGGGAGCAAAGCAAAGCAAGCUUUCAAGAAAAGAAGAUGGAUAUACACACAAAACUGAUGAGGAAGUAUAAGCAGGUUCCUGAAUCAUGGUUUGUGGGUAUCCUUUUGUGUAACAUUGCAGCCACCAUCUUUGCUUGUGAAUAUUACAAUGAUCAACUUCAAUUGCCUUGGUGGGGUGUUUUACUAGCCUGUGGGAUUGCCAUUUUGUUCACUCUUCCAAUAGGCACCAUCACUGCCAUCACAAAUCAGACACCAGGCUUGAACGUUAUAACAGAGUAUAUCAUUGGGUAUAUCUACCCAGGAUACCCAGUUGCCAAUAUGUGCUUCAAAGUCUAUGGCUACAUAAGUAUGACACAGGCCAUAGCUUUCCUGCAAGACUUUAAACUUGGCCACUACAUGAAGAUUCCUCCUAGGACAAUGUUCAUGGCACAGAUUGUGGGGAGCCUCAUCGCCUGCCUUACAUAUUUAGGCACAGCAUGGUGGUUAAUGGAGACCAUUACAGAUAUAUGUGACACAACAGCCUCCAACAGCGUCUGGACUUGCCCAAGUGACACUGUAUUCUACGAUGCAUCAGUGAUCUGGGGUUUGAUUGGACCCAGAAGAAUUUUUGGAGAUUUAGGCACAUACGAAGCAAUCAACUGGUUUUUCCUCGCAGGAGCAGUAGCACCUGUUCUUGUAUGGCUAGCUGCAAAGGCAUUUCCAAAACAAGAAUGGAUUACACUAAUCAACAUGCCAGUGUUAAUAGGAGCAACAGGAAUGAUGCCACCAGCUACAGCAGUUAAUUACACUAGUUGGAUUAUAUUGGGUUUUCUUUCUGGAUUUGUUGUGUAUAGGUAUAGGCCAGACUUGUGGCAGAGAUAUAAUUAUGUACUUUCUGGGUCAUUGGAUGCUGGCCUUGCCUUCAUGGGAGUGUUAAUAUAUCUUUGUUUGGGGAUAGAAAAUAUUAGCGUUGAUUGGUGGGGGAAUGAUCUUGAUGGAUGCCCUUUGGCUACUUGCCCAACCGCUAAGGGAAUUGUGGUUGAUGGUUGUCCAGUUUUCAGCUAGACAAUCUAUUACAAGAAAAGAAGAACAUGGCUUGAAAAUUCUAUCUAUUACUUACUUUUUUGCCAUUAA